AUGACAUUCUGUUUCUAUUUGAUAUUACAAUUAAAUCAUAUUAAUGGACAAUUGAAUGAAUUCAACAAUGAACAAGAGAAUCAUACAAUUUCACAGAUUCUUCAUGAUAUCAAUGUAACUAAUCCAAUUGAUGAUAACAAUAAUCAAUCAGAAAUCAAUAUUAUGAAUCAAUUGAAUAUAUCAUUAACAAACAAAAUUCCGAUACCUUCUAUGACAAUGACUACAUCGAAUAAUCAUAUAUGUGAUCUAAAUGGUAAAGAAUCAAAUAAGAAAAAUGAAUGCCAAGAAAAAGGAAAAAAAAUUGAGAAUAAAGAUGAAAAGAAGACUAAAUCACAACAAACACAAAUUAUCAUAGAUUUUAGUGGAAUAAAUGAGAAAAAAGUAGCGAUUCAAAGACAAAAGACCGAAGGAGAUGACAACAAAAAAUCAAUCAUACAAAGUCAAGAACAAUAUUCACAAACGAAAACUGAAAGAAAUGUAAGCACAUUUCAUAUUGAACAACAACAAAACAUGGAGAAUAUGGAAAAACAUGAUGAGGAAAAACGGCUGAAAGAAGAGAAAAAAUCAAUAAAAAAUGAAAAAGAGAUGAAACAAGAGGUAGAAAAAACAAACAAAACAUAUAUCAAUAAUACAACAACAUUAUCUACCGAAAAAUACAAACAAAAAACAUCUGAAUCAUCAACAUUACAACAAGUUACUGAUGAAGAUCAACUCGCAGAAGACCAAUAUCUCAACGAAUCACAAACAACAACGAACACAGACACCACCACGACCAUCUCCACCACAAUCGACACUCAAACUACUCUCACUCCAACACAAUCCACACAACCAUCAUCUGAAUCACAAACAUCACAACCAGUAACCGAUGUCGAUAAUCUCACAACUGAACAAUAUCUCAACGAAUCACAAACAACAACGAACACAGACACCACCACGACCAUCUCCACCACAAUCGACACUCAAACUACUCUCACUCCAACACAAUCCACACAACCAUCAUCUGAAUCACAAACAUCACAACCAGUAACCGAUGUCGAUAAUCUCACAACUGAACAAUAUCUCAACGAAUCACAAACAACAACGAACACAGACACCACCACGACCAUCUCCACCACAAUCGACACUCAAACUACUCUCACUCCAACACAAUCCACACAACCAUCAUCUGAAUCACAAACAUCACAACCAGUAACCGAUGUCGAUAAUCUCACAACUGAACAAUAUCUCAACGAAUCACAAACAACAACGAACACAGACACCACCACGACCAUCUCCACCACAAUCGACACUCAAACUACUCUCACUCCAACACAAUCCACACAACCAUCAUCUGAAUCACAAACAUCACAACCAGUAACCGAUGUCGAUAAUCUCACAACUGAACAAUAUCUCAACGAAUCACAAACAACAACGAACACAGACACCACCACGACCAUCUCCACCACAAUCGACACUCAAACUACUCUCACUCCAACACAAUCCACACAACCAUCAUCUGAAUCACAAACAUCACAACCAGUAACCGAUGUCGAUAAUCUCACAACUGAACAAUAUCUCAACGAAUCACAAACAACAACGAACACAGACACCACCACGACCAUCUCCACCACAAUCGACACUCAAACUACUCUCACUCCAACACAAUCCACACAACCAUCAUCUGAAUCACAAACAUCACAACCAGUAACCGAUGUCGAUAAUCUCACAACUGAACAAUAUCUCAACGAAUCACAAACAACAACGAACACAGACACCACCACGACCAUCUCCACCACAAUCGACACUCAAACUACUCUCACUCCAACACAAUCCACACAACCAUCAUCUGAAUCACAAACAUCACAACCAGUAACCGAUGUCGAUAAUCUCACAACUGAACAAUAUCUCAACGAAUCACAAACAACAACGAACACAGACACCACCACGACCAUCUCCACCACAAUCGACACUCAAACUACUCUCACUCCAACACAAUCCACACAACCAUCAUCUGAAUCACAAACAUCACAACCAGUAACCGAUGUCGAUAAUCUCACAACUGAACAAUAUCUCAACGAAUCACAAACAACAACGAACACAGACACCACCACGACCAUCUCCACCACAAUCGACACUCAAACUACUCUCACUCCAACACAAUCCACACAACCAUCAUCUGAAUCACAAACAUCACAACCAGUAACCGAUGUCGAUAAUCUCACAACUGAACAAUAUCUCAACGAAUCACAAACAACAACGAACACAGACACCACCACGACCAUCUCCACCACAAUCGACACUCAAACUACUCUCACUCCAACACAAUCCACACAACCAUCAUCUGAAUCACAAACAUCACAACCAGUAACCGAUGUCGAUAAUCUCACAACUGAACAAUAUCUCAACGAAUCACAAACAACAACGAACACAGACACCACCACGACCAUCUCCACCACAAUCGACACUCAAACUACUCUCACUCCAACACAAUCCACACAACCAUCAUCUGAAUCACAAACAUCACAACCAGUAACCGAUGUCGAUAAUCUCACAACUGAACAAUAUCUCAACGAAUCACAAACAACAACGAACACAGACACCACCACGACCAUCUCCACCACAAUCGACACUCAAACUACUCUCACUCCAACACAAUCCACACAACCAUCAUCUGAAUCACAAACAUCACAACCAGUAACCGAUGUCGAUAAUCUCACAACUGAACAAUAUCUCAACGAAUCACAAACAACAACGAACACAGACACCACCACGACCAUCUCCACCACAAUCGACACUCAAACUACUCUCACUCCAACACAAUCCACACAACCAUCAUCUGAAUCACAAACAUCACAACCAGUAACCGAUGUCGAUAAUCUCACAACUGAACAAUAUCUCAACGAAUCACAAACAACAACGAACACAGACACCACCACGACCAUCUCCACCACAAUCGACACUCAAACUACUCUCACUCCAACACAAUCCACACAACCAUCAUCUGAAUCACAAACAUCACAACCAGUAACCGAUGUCGAUAAUCUCACAACUGAACAAUAUCUCAACGAAUCACAAACAACAACGAACACAGACACCACCACGACCAUCUCCACCACAAUCGACACUCAAACUACUCUCACUCCAACACAAUCCACACAACCAUCAUCUGAAUCACAAACAUCACAACCAGUAACCGAUGUCGAUAAUCUCACAACUGAACAAUAUCUCAACGAAUCACAAACAACAACGAACACAGACACCACCACGACCAUCUCCACCACAAUCGACACUCAAACUACUCUCACUCCAACACAAUCCACACAACCAUCAUCUGAAUCACAAACAUCACAACCAGUAACCGAUGUCGAUAAUCUCACAACUGAACAAUAUCUCAACGAAUCACAAACAACAACGAACACAGACACCACCACGACCAUCUCCACCACAAUCGACACUCAAACUACUCUCACUCCAACACAAUCCACACAACCAUCAUCUGAAUCACAAACAUCACAACCAGUAACCGAUGUCGAUAAUCUCACAACUGAACAAUAUCUCAACGAAUCACAAACAACAACGAACACAGACACCACCACGACCAUCUCCACCACAAUCGACACUCAAACUACUCUCACUCCAACACAAUCCACACAACCAUCAUCUGAAUCACAAACAUCACAACCAGUAACCGAUGUCGAUAAUCUCACAACUGAACAAUAUCUCAACGAAUCACAAACAACAACGAACACAGACACCACCACGACCAUCUCCACCACAAUCGACACUCAAACUACUCUCACUCCAACACAAUCCACACAACCAUCAUCUGAAUCACAAACAUCACAACCAGUAACCGAUGUCGAUAAUCUCACAACUGAACAAUAUCUCAACGAAUCACAAACAACAACGAACACAGACACCACCACGACCAUCUCCACCACAAUCGACACUCAAACUACUCUCACUCCAACACAAUCCACACAACCAUCAUCUGAAUCACAAACAUCACAACCAGUAACCGAUGUCGAUAAUCUCACAACUGAACAAUAUCUCAACGAAUCACAAACAACAACGAACACAGACACCACCACGACCAUCUCCACCACAAUCGACACUCAAACUACUCUCACUCCAACACAAUCCACACAACCAUCAUCUGAAUCACAAACAUCACAACCAGUAACCGAUGUCGAUAAUCUCACAACUGAACAAUAUCUCAACGAAUCACAAACAACAACGAACACAGACACCACCACGACCAUCUCCACCACAAUCGACACUCAAACUACUCUCACUCCAACACAAUCCACACAACCAUCAUCUGAAUCACAAACAUCACAACCAGUAACCGAUGUCGAUAAUCUCACAACUGAACAAUAUCUCAACGAAUCACAAACAACAACGAACACAGACACCACCACGACCAUCUCCACCACAAUCGACACUCAAACUACUCUCACUCCAACACAAUCCACACAACCAUCAUCUGAAUCACAAACAUCACAACCAGUAACCGAUGUCGAUAAUCUCACAACUGAACAAUAUCUCAACGAAUCACAAACAACAACGAACACAGACACCACCACGACCAUCUCCACCACAAUCGACACUCAAACUACUCUCACUCCAACACAAUCCACACAACCAUCAUCUGAAUCACAAACAUCACAACCAGUAACCGAUGUCGAUAAUCUCACAACUGAACAAUAUCUCAACGAAUCACAAACAACAACGAACACAGACACCACCACGACCAUCUCCACCACAAUCGACACUCAAACUACUCUCACUCCAACACAAUCCACACAACCAUCAUCUGAAUCACAAACAUCACAACCAGUAACCGAUGUCGAUAAUCUCACAACUGAACAAUAUCUCAACGAAUCACAAACAACAACGAACACAGACACCACCACGACCAUCUCCACCACAAUCGACACUCAAACUACUCUCACUCCAACACAAUCCACACAACCAUCAUCUGAAUCACAAACAUCACAACCAGUAACCGAUGUCGAUAAUCUCACAACUGAACAAUAUCUCAACGAAUCACAAACAACAACGAACACAGACACCACCACGACCAUCUCCACCACAAUCGACACUCAAACUACUCUCACUCCAACACAAUCCACACAACCAUCAUCUGAAUCACAAACAUCACAACCAGUAACCGAUGUCGAUAAUCUCACAACUGAACAAUAUCUCAACGAAUCACAAACAACAACGAACACAGACACCACCACGACCAUCUCCACCACAAUCGACACUCAAACUACUCUCACUCCAACACAAUCCACACAACCAUCAUCUGAAUCACAAACAUCACAACCAGUAACCGAUGUCGAUAAUCUCACAACUGAACAAUAUCUCAACGAAUCACAAACAACAACGAACACAGACACCACCACGACCAUCUCCACCACAAUCGACACUCAAACUACUCUCACUCCAACACAAUCCACACAACCAUCAUCUGAAUCACAAACAUCACAACCAGUAACCGAUGUCGAUAAUCUCACAACUGAACAAUAUCUCAACGAAUCACAAACAACAACGAACACAGACACCACCACGACCAUCUCCACCACAAUCGACACUCAAACUACUCUCACUCCAACACAAUCCACACAACCAUCAUCUGAAUCACAAACAUCACAACCAGUAACCGAUGUCGAUAAUCUCACAACUGAACAAUAUCUCAACGAAUCACAAACAACAACGAACACAGACACCACCACGACCAUCUCCACCACAAUCGACACUCAAACUACUCUCACUCCAACACAAUCCACACAACCAUCAUCUGAAUCACAAACAUCACAACCAGUAACCGAUGUCGAUAAUCUCACAACUGAACAAUAUCUCAACGAAUCACAAACAACAACGAACACAGACACCACCACGACCAUCUCCACCACAAUCGACACUCAAACUACUCUCACUCCAACACAAUCCACACAACCAUCAUCUGAAUCACAAACAUCACAACCAGUAACCGAUGUCGAUAAUCUCACAACUGAACAAUAUCUCAACGAAUCACAAACAACAACGAACACAGACACCACCACGACCAUCUCCACCACAAUCGACACUCAAACUACUCUCACUCCAACACAAUCCACACAACCAUCAUCUGAAUCACAAACAUCACAACCAGUAACCGAUGUCGAUAAUCUCACAACUGAACAAUAUCUCAACGAAUCACAAACAACAACGAACACAGACACCACCACGACCAUCUCCACCACAAUCGACACUCAAACUACUCUCACUCCAACACAAUCCACACAACCAUCAUCUGAAUCACAAACAUCACAACCAGUAACCGAUGUCGAUAAUCUCACAACUGAACAAUAUCUCAACGAAUCACAAACAACAACGAACACAGACACCACCACGACCAUCUCCACCACAAUCGACACUCAAACUACUCUCACUCCAACACAAUCCACACAACCAUCAUCUGAAUCACAAACAUCACAACCAGUAACCGAUGUCGAUAAUCUCACAACUGAACAAUAUCUCAACGAAUCACAAACAACAACGAACACAGACACCACCACGACCAUCUCCACCACAAUCGACACUCAAACUACUCUCACUCCAACACAAUCCACACAACCAUCAUCUGAAUCACAAACAUCACAACCAGUAACCGAUGUCGAUAAUCUCACAACUGAACAAUAUCUCAACGAAUCACAAACAACAACGAACACAGACACCACCACGACCAUCUCCACCACAAUCGACACUCAAACUACUCUCACUCCAACACAAUCCACACAACCAUCAUCUGAAUCACAAACAUCACAACCAGUAACCGAUGUCGAUAAUCUCACAACUGAACAAUAUCUCAACGAAUCACAAACAACAACGAACACAGACACCACCACGACCAUCUCCACCACAAUCGACACUCAAACUACUCUCACUCCAACACAAUCCACACAACCAUCAUCUGAAUCACAAACAUCACAACCAGUAACCGAUGUCGAUAAUCUCACAACUGAACAAUAUCUCAACGAAUCACAAACAACAACGAACACAGACACCACCACGACCAUCUCCACCACAAUCGACACUCAAACUACUCUCACUCCAACACAAUCCACACAACCAUCAUCUGAAUCACAAACAUCACAACCAGUAACCGAUGUCGAUAAUCUCACAACUGAACAAUAUCUCAACGAAUCACAAACAACAACGAACACAGACACCACCACGACCAUCUCCACCACAAUCGACACUCAAACUACUCUCACUCCAACACAAUCCACACAACCAUCAUCUGAAUCACAAACAUCACAACCAGUAACCGAUGUCGAUAAUCUCACAACUGAACAAUAUCUCAACGAAUCACAAACAACAACGAACACAGACACCACCACGACCAUCUCCACCACAAUCGACACUCAAACUACUCUCACUCCAACACAAUCCACACAACCAUCAUCUGAAUCACAAACAUCACAACCAGUAACCGAUGUCGAUAAUCUCACAACUGAACAAUAUCUCAACGAAUCACAAACAACAACGAACACAGACACCACCACGACCAUCUCCACCACAAUCGACACUCAAACUACUCUCACUCCAACACAAUCCACACAACCAUCAUCUGAAUCACAAACAUCACAACCAGUAACCGAUGUCGAUAAUCUCACAACUGAACAAUAUCUCAACGAAUCACAAACAACAACGAACACAGACACCACCACGACCAUCUCCACCACAAUCGACACUCAAACUACUCUCACUCCAACACAAUCCACACAACCAUCAUCUGAAUCACAAACAUCACAACCAGUAACCGAUGUCGAUAAUCUCACAACUGAACAAUAUCUCAACGAAUCACAAACAACAACGAACACAGACACCACCACGACCAUCUCCACCACAAUCGACACUCAAACUACUCUCACUCCAACACAAUCCACACAACCAUCAUCUGAAUCACAAACAUCACAACCAGUAACCGAUGUCGAUAAUCUCACAACUGAACAAUAUCUCAACGAAUCACAAACAACAACGAACACAGACACCACCACGACCAUCUCCACCACAAUCGACACUCAAACUACUCUCACUCCAACACAAUCCACACAACCAUCAUCUGAAUCACAAACAUCACAACCAGUAACCGAUGUCGAUAAUCUCACAACUGAACAAUAUCUCAACGAAUCACAAACAACAACGAACACAGACACCACCACGACCAUCUCCACCACAAUCGACACUCAAACUACUCUCACUCCAACACAAUCCACACAACCAUCAUCUGAAUCACAAACAUCACAACCAGUAACCGAUGUCGAUAAUCUCACAACUGAACAAUAUCUCAACGAAUCACAAACAACAACGAACACAGACACCACCACGACCAUCUCCACCACAAUCGACACUCAAACUACUCUCACUCCAACACAAUCCACACAACCAUCAUCUGAAUCACAAACAUCACAACCAGUAACCGAUGUCGAUAAUCUCACAACUGAACAAUAUCUCAACGAAUCACAAACAACAACGAACACAGACACCACCACGACCAUCUCCACCACAAUCGACACUCAAACUACUCUCACUCCAACACAAUCCACACAACCAUCAUCUGAAUCACAAACAUCACAACCAGUAACCGAUGUCGAUAAUCUCACAACUGAACAAUAUCUCAACGAAUCACAAACAACAACGAACACAGACACCACCACGACCAUCUCCACCACAAUCGACACUCAAACUACUCUCACUCCAACACAAUCCACACAACCAUCAUCUGAAUCACAAACAUCACAACCAGUAACCGAUGUCGAUAAUCUCACAACUGAACAAUAUCUCAACGAAUCACAAACAACAACGAACACAGACACCACCACGACCAUCUCCACCACAAUCGACACUCAAACUACUCUCACUCCAACACAAUCCACACAACCAUCAUCUGAAUCACAAACAUCACAACCAGUAACCGAUGUCGAUAAUCUCACAACUGAACAAUAUCUCAACGAAUCACAAACAACAACGAACACAGACACCACCACGACCAUCUCCACCACAAUCGACACUCAAACUACUCUCACUCCAACACAAUCCACACAACCAUCAUCUGAAUCACAAACAUCACAACCAGUAACCGAUGUCGAUAAUCUCACAACUGAACAAUAUCUCAACGAAUCACAAACAACAACGAACACAGACACCACCACGACCAUCUCCACCACAAUCGACACUCAAACUACUCUCACUCCAACACAAUCCACACAACCAUCAUCUGAAUCACAAACAUCACAACCAGUAACCGAUGUCGAUAAUCUCACAACUGAACAAUAUCUCAACGAAUCACAAACAACAACGAACACAGACACCACCACGACCAUCUCCACCACAAUCGACACUCAAACUACUCUCACUCCAACACAAUCCACACAACCAUCAUCUGAAUCACAAACAUCACAACCAGUAACCGAUGUCGAUAAUCUCACAACUGAACAAUAUCUCAACGAAUCACAAACAACAACGAACACAGACACCACCACGACCAUCUCCACCACAAUCGACACUCAAACUACUCUCACUCCAACACAAUCCACACAACCAUCAUCUGAAUCACAAACAUCACAACCAGUAACCGAUGUCGAUAAUCUCACAACUGAACAAUAUCUCAACGAAUCACAAACAACAACGAACACAGACACCACCACGACCAUCUCCACCACAAUCGACACUCAAACUACUCUCACUCCAACACAAUCCACACAACCAUCAUCUGAAUCACAAACAUCACAAUCACUUGGUGAUUUCGUUCAGUUCACAAGUGAUAAUGAUACUUCCACCACUUCAAAUAUUUCAGGUCUUGGUGAAUCCUUUUCUUCUUCGUCAUCUUCAGUUAUAUCUGAACAGGAUUUCAAUUUUUCGUCUUCUUUAAUUCGUUCUUCUCCCAGUUCAGAUUCUGUUUCUGAGGGUUUUUCAUCUGAAAUGUUUAAAAAUGAUAUCUGUAUUUCAUCUUCACUAUCGGAUAUCUCAGGUGAUGCUUGGAAAUUGAAUUAUAGUCGUAUGAAUAAUCGUGAUUACUACUUUUCAAAUUGUAGUUUCUCAAUGAUUUAUGAUUCUCGUUAUUAUUUGAACAAAGUAUUCAUUUUGAACCUUUUGAAAUGUUGUCGAAUACUGCUUAUAAAUUAUGAUGAAUUAUUCGACGUUUACAUUGGAACAAAUCGUCUAUGUUACGAAUAUUUUCACUGUUAA